UUGCGUGGGUGUUGACCUUAGCAACGAGAACAUAGCAACGCUGGAAACUUGAUACUGCUUUUGCUGUAGCCAUGCCUAAGAAGGCAAAGGGGAAAGGAAAAGGGAAAGGAAAGAAAGGAAAGUCCAAGGGAAAGGGAAAGAAAGGGAAGAAGAAGGGAAGUAAAUCCGGUGAUGGAGCAUCGGACAAAGAAUCAAUGUUGAAGGAAGCUCUGAAUUCUGCUAAACUAUGGGAAGCAAGAUACGAAGCAACAGAGAAAUCUAGAGUAGAAUACCGUGAAAAUACACAAAGACUCAUCACUGAGAAUGACUCCUUGCAAUCUGCCAUCAACAAGACAGAGAAGGACACCAUUGAAGUGAUUACUUUCCUCAAGAAGAAAGACACUCAGAAAGAUCAAGAGGUUUCUGAGCUGAAAGGUGAUCUUAGAACACUACGACACACCCUGUACAAAGAAUGGGAAGAGAAGGAAACCAGAAUGAAGGAAUCUCUGAUAACAUUAGAAGAUGACCUGUCUAAAAGGGACCAAGAGAUAUCAGUCAUGCAGACUGAGCUAAGAACAAUGAGAGAUUUCAGGAGAAAGAGAGCAGAGCUACAAGAGCAAUUGGAAACACUCCAAGAGACACUCGAUGAAACAAAAUUCAUGCACAAGCAACAAAUGAUUGCCUUGGAGGAGAAAUUUUUUGAAGAAAAGUUGCGCCUCCAGAAAGAAGCAAAUCGUCGUAUUGAAGAGCUUGCCUCUAAAGCUCACUCAGAAGCAAUUGCAAACCUUGAUGAGAAAACUCGCUCUGUUUACAGAGAGAACAUAACAAUAUCUGAAGCACUCUCGCUGCACAUGUCAGAGGAACAUGAGCUAAGAAAAGAGAAGGAGAGUCUUGAAAUGGCCAACAGGCAACUAGCAGCAGAGAAAGAGUUAAGCCAGCAGAUGGCCCAAGGUAAAGUUCAAGAGGCUCGAAGACAGAAGAAACAAAUACAAGAACUUAAUGCAAAAGUGUCCACAUUGGAAGAGAGUCUCACUGUUGUAGUGAAAGAGUUUGAGAAGGAAAGAGAGCAAAUUCAGAAGAGACAUGAAAAGGAAUUAUUGGUGACUAAUAAUGAGCUCACCAUUCUUCAUAGACAAUGUGAACUUCAGAAAAGAGAAACUGCUCAUAUCAAAAGACUAGCACAACAUCUUUUGGAUCAAAGGACAGAAAUUGAGCAGUUCUUCCUUGAAGCACUAGGCCAAGUUAAAAAAGAAAUUAAAGCCAACAGGCUGCAGUAUAGACGAAAUGCAGAGAAAAUGUAUCACCACCAGUUGAUAGAAGCUGUACAGGGUAAGAGACGGUUCCCUCCAGUUCGUACAUUCCAUCCAUCACUGACAUCAACUAACAGCAUCUACCAUGACAUGAUACUAGCAGAACAAUGGGAUGGAGUUAAUGAAGGUGUUGAUAUAGGUGAUUUAACUUGGGAGCAAAAGGAACAGGUGCUUCGUCUUUUGUUUGCAAAAAUAAAUUCAAAAGAGAAGCUAAAGACAAGUGACACUACAUCAUCUCUUGCUCUUCCUCCUCCUCCAGUGCCUUCACUUGAAGACAGCAGACUACCUGCAAUUAAUGAAGGACAGUUACCAUCCAGUAAAUCUCCAGGAAAGUCUCCAACAGCAGAGAAAAUGUCGGUAUUCAUUACACAGCAGGAUCACGCUCAGAAGUCCUCCAUUGAACAAUCUUGCUAGGAUUUUGCAAUUAAAAAAUAUUAUAACAUUAUGUAUAAAUUAUUGUAAAAUAACUUGAAUGAAUAAUAAUAAUAAUAAGAUAAACAAAGUUCUGAUAAACCUGUAAUACGUUACAAUAAUA